CUCAAACAAACCACCGUCCCGUCGCACGCACGCACGCCUUGGUUGUCUCUCUCGGUCUCGGCGGCCUUUCCUUUCCUUGCUAGCGCUAGCGGCGACGACCGGGCGAGUGCCGCCGUCCGCCACUUCUUCGUCGGCCGACCACCAUCUGAAAGGGGACUGGGUGGACAGUUGCCUCGGCCCUCGGGGAAGGAAGCAUUUGUCCGCAUGAUUUUACUCACUCGAUGAUUUGCGGUUGCGCGUCUCCUCUCGAGAGACAUCGGGGAUGAGUGAAGAGGACAAGACUGCUGCUGCUGCUGAGCAGCCGAAGCGAGCCCCUAAGCUCAACGAAAGGAUCCUCUCUUCUUUGUCCAGGAGAUCUGUAGCUGCUCAUCCAUGGCAUGAUCUUGAGAUCGGUCCUGGGGCUCCCGCUGUCUUCAAUGUUAGAGUGACUGGACAUCUAUACAUCACCAUGCAGGUCGUUGAGAUCACAAAGGGAAGCAAAGUUAAAUAUGAGCUUGACAAGAAAACUGGACUGAUUAAGGUUGAUCGAGUCCUGUACUCAUCAGUUGUAUACCCUCACAAUUAUGGUUUCAUUCCGAGGACUCUUUGUGAGGACAAUGACCCAAUGGAUGUUUUGGUCCUGAUGCAGGAGCCUGUUAUUCCGGGUUCAUUCCUCCGGGCAAGAGCAAUUGGCCUUAUGCCUAUGAUUGACCAGGGUGAAAAGGAUGACAAGAUAAUUGCUGUCUGUGCUGAUGAUCCUGAAUACCGUCACUACAAUGACAUCAGUGAGCUGUCUCCUCACCGCCUGCAAGAAAUCAAGCGCUUCUUUGAAGAUUACAAGAAAAAUGAGAACAAAGAGGUUGCUGUUGAUGCAUUCUUGCCUGCGACAGCUGCUCGAGAUGCCAUUCAGUACUCCAUGGAUCUGUAUGCACAGUAUAUUUUGCAAAGCUUGAGGCAGUAGAAUGCCAGCAACUAUUUAUUGUGGCGUCUUUGAUUGUGUGUGAUUUUAAGUGGACGCUUGAAUUGUGUGCAACCAUUACAACUGAAUGAUGUUGCUGGCUGUUAUUUCCUUCUGCUUUUCCCAGGUCUUGUAUAACUUUGUUGUUAAAUUAUGAAUAAGCAACUUUGUUGUUAAAUUAUGAAUAAACGAAGUUCUUCGUUUAC